UAUCUACUUCCGCUGAAACCUAGGGUUUUUACUCAUCCGCCAAAUUGUGGAGAGAGCGCCUCUUUCACUUUCUUGUCUCUCGUCUCUUCCAUUUUUGGCUUGUCUUUCAGAUCGUGAAGAUGUAUACAUCAAGGAAGAAGAUCCACAAAGAUAAGGAUGCUGAGCCAACAGAAUUUGAGGAGUCAGUUGCCCAGGCAUUUUUUGAUUUGGAGAAUACCAACCAGGAUUUGAAAAGUGACCUCAAAGAUCUCUAUAUUAAUUCAGCCAUCCAAAUUGAUGUUUCUGGGAGCCGGAAAGCUGUUGUUAUCCAUGUCCCCUACAGAUUGAGGAAAGCUUUUCGCAAGGUUCAUGUUAAGCUUGUGAGGGAACUUGAAAAGAAGUUCAGUGGCAAGGAUGUGAUUCUUAUUGCCACCCGGAGGAUAUUGAGGCCUCCAAAGAAAGGUUCUGCUGUUCAAAGGCCACGCAGCCGCACAUUGACUGCUGUACAUGAGGCAAUGCUAGAAGAUAUUGUCUUACCUGCUGAGAUUGUUGGGAAGCGGAUUAGAUAUAGGAUUGAUGGAUCAAAGAUAAUGAAGGUCUUUUUGGACCCCAAGGAACGUAACAACACUGAAUAUAAGCUCGAGACGUUUUCUGCAGUUUACCGGAAGCUUGCUGGAAAGGAUGUUGUGUUUGAGUUCCCGGUUACUGAGGCAUAGAUUAGUCCUUUUUAAUUGUUGUGACACCUUCUGUCAAGUCUUGUUUCCUGGAAAACUGCUUUUUUUGGGAGUAUUUAAAAUUUUGACAUUUAUGAGUUGGUAAUCAAACAUAGAAUUGUCAUGAUGGAUUUAUUUUCUUUAUUAUGACUAGUUUAUGCUAUUUGGUAUGCAUUAAAUGGCGUAGGAUUAAGAGUGUUUAAAGGUUU